CCCAGGGCGGGCUCGGGAGGGAGGAAGACGCUCCCGGCAGGAGAGCGGAAGGGGGCGGUGCUCACUCCCGGUCUGGGCAGGAAGUGGGGGAUCCAGCCGCUUCCUUGCUGUGCGCUGGCUGACGGCGCUUCCCGGCGUGCCCUGUGCUGCGGCCGGAAGGGGCGGGCCGGGUUACUGCUGCAGGGGCCGCCAUGGCCCGGCUGUGGGGGGCGCUGAGCUUGAGGCCGCUCUGGGCGGCGGUGCCGUGGGCAGGGGCGGCAGCCGUCGGUACCGGGGCCUGCAGCUCCACGGCCGCCCCGGACGGCGUCGAGUGUCCUGCGCUCCGGCGCUCCUACUGGCGCCACCUCAGGCGCCUGGUACUGGGUCCUCCCCAACCGCCGUUCCCGCACGUGUGCCAGGUCGGGGACCCGGUGCUGCGCGGCGUGGCGGCCCCGGUAGAGCGGGCGCAGCUGGGUGGGCCCGAGCUGCAGCGGCUGACGCAGCGGCUGGUCCAGGUGAUGCGGCGGCGGCGCUGCGUGGGCCUAAGCGCGCCGCAGCUGGGGGUGCCGCUGCAGGUGCUGGCGUUGGAGCUGCCCGAGGCGUUGUGUCGCGAGUGCCCGCCGCGCCAGCGCGCGCUUCGACAGAUGGAGCCCUUCCCCCUGCGCGUGUUCGUGAACCCCAGCCUGCGGGUGCUGGACAGCCGUCUGGUCACCUUCCCCGAGGGCUGCGAGAGCGUCGCCGGCUUCCUGGCCUGCGUGCCCCGCUUCCAGGCGGUGCAGAUCUCAGGGCUGGACCCCAAUGGAGAACAGGUGGCGUGGCAGGCGAGCGGGUGGGCAGCCCGCAUCAUCCAGCACGAGAUGGACCACCUGCAGGGCUGCCUGUUUAUUGACAAAAUGGACAGCAGGACAUUCACAAACGUCUAUUGGAUGGAGGUGAAUGACUAAAGCUUUGCUACUGGGGCUGGGGAUUCCGGAUACCAAGACGCACACACUUCCACUUUGAGCUGGGCACAUCUUACUUCGCAUCAACUUGGAUGGCUUGCAUAUGACAGGAAACUGGAUGUCAGAAAUGUUUGCCCUGAAAUCAGCUAUGAACGGAAUGUUGUUUAUAACUUGAGGAGAAAAAUCACCCCCAAAGGAGUGGACGUUUUCUGACAAUUCUGUAUGGAGGAAGGUGGGGUAACUGCAUUCGUCUGCAGUAGACACGAGUUCCUCGGACCUGUAUAAUCUCCCAAAGCCAAGGUUUGGUAAUAAUGUAGCCCCUAAAUAUCUGAAAGCUGUCUUUAAAAAUGCAGGUAAGCGUGUGA